AUGUCCUACGCAUAUUUAUUUAAAUAUAUCAUUAUAGGUGACACAGGUGUUGGAAAAUCGUGUCUACUUCUUCAAUUUACAGACAAAAGAUUUCAGCCUGUUCAUGAUUUAACAAUAGGUGUGGAGUUUGGUGCACGAAUGAUUACAAUUGAUGGAAAACAAAUUAAACUACAAAUUUGGGAUACUGCAGGGCAAGAAGCAUUUCGAUCUAUAACUAGAUCGUAUUACAGGGGUGCAGCAGGGGCUCUUCUUGUUUAUGAUAUUACCAGAAGGGAAACAUUCAAUCAUCUUACUUCAUGGUUAGAUGAUGCUCGACAACAUUCCAAUUCUAAUAUGGUUAUAAUGCUUAUCGGAAACAAAAGUGAUUUAGAAAUAAAAAGAGAAGUGAAAAAGGAAGAGGGUGAAGCAUUUGCUAGAGAGCAUGGUUUAAUUUUCAUGGAAACUUCCGCCAAGACUGCUACAAAUGUAGAAGAAGCUUUUAUAAAUACUGCUAAAGAAAUUUAUGAGAAAAUUCAAGAGGGUGUUUUCGACAUUAACAAUGAGGCAAAUGGUAUAAAAAUUGGUCCUCAACACUCUCCAACGAAUCCAAACCUACCAUCGGGUACUCAAGGUGGCAUGCAAGGAGGUGGCUGCUGUUAG